CUGCAGUGCCUUCAGCACUUUGAUUUACACUUGAACUAUCACACAUAGAUAAUAGAGGCUUUUUUUUAAAAGUAGCGGAUCUACGGAUUCAUAAAAAAGAUAAUAAUGCCAAGACACGUAUUUAAGGACGUCCCAGACGGUGACAACAUCACUUAUGACGUGGUCGAUGAAGAAAAUGGAUACAGACAAUGUACAUUUGCAUAUCCAUUUGAAGUACAUCAGGAACUAUUCAACAAGAUACCGAUUAUAAAAUGCAAAGAUGGCGAUAAUUUUUUAGAAUCUUAUCCGAAAACAGGAACUCAUUGGCUAUGGGAGAUGAUAUAUUUGGUGAAGAAAGGGACAUGUGACAUCACAGAAGUUCAAAAAGGUCAAAAUAUGAUAGACGCCUCGCCAAUCGAAUACACCGAAAAUUUGCCACAACCAAGGGUUCUGAAUUCUCAUUUGAAAGUCAAAUACUUGCCAAAGGAUGUUAUAGAGAAAAAGUUGAAAAUAGUAUUAUUGGUAAGAAAUCCCAAGGACGUUGCUGUCUCGUUCUACAAUCAUACAAGAGGUCUAUCAUUUUAUGACUACGACGGAAAGUUUGAGAACUUCUUGCAGAUGUUCAUGAGGGGUGAAGUUGACUAUGGUUCUUAUCCCGAAUAUUUACGAGAAUGGCAGACGUUUAUGAAAGAAAAUGCAGAUGUUCCCAUUCAUCUGGUAUAUUACGAAAACCUGCAUCAGGAUUGUCAAGGGGAGAUGAAAAAGGUAUGCAAGUUUCUUGGUAACGAUGUAAGUGAUGAAGACUUGCAACAAAUCGUCUCAAACUGCCAAAUUGAUAAACUACGAAAGGGAAAGAUGGACAAAUUACCUGAAGAAAUAAAAGUAAGAAUGGGACAGAUGACCAAGCAUGACUUUUCCGUAUUUAGAAAAGGUAAGAUAGGAGAUUGGCGGAACUGGUUUACAGUAGCACAGAAUGAGGCGUUUGACAAAUGGUGGGAACAAGAAACAAGGGACAUCACUAUGUUUUCAUUUAAAUAUCGCUGAAAUCAAGGGACGUAACUUUGUUUAUUAAACAGUUAAGACAUUUAACAAAUGGUGUGAAUAAAAAAACAAGUUGUAUAACUAUAUCUUCUUUUAAAUAUUGUAUAAUUAGAACAGACCUUUUGACAAAUGGUGUAACUUAAGUCAAGGGACGUUACUAUGCUUUCACUUAAAUAUUUCUUCUGAAUUACAUGUUGAAUUAAGUCAGUUGUGUACGUAAAAAUGAACAUAUGGUAAAUUGACAUAAUUUUGUUUAUUACUACUCAUUAUAAUUUAUUAUAGACAGGUAUCAUUAAAACUAUAAUCUGUUUAUACAACAGAUGACAGUAUACAUUUCUGUGCUUCAUGCAAAGGGCAAGUAACUCGUUUUUAAAGGAAUCAUUUCCAUUCUGUUUAAAAGGAUUGAUCAUACAAUUAAGUACAAUGAUUUAUGUUGAUUCUACUUAAAGAAUGCUUUGUAAUACAUAUAUCAUUUAUUCUGUGAAUAUUACACCUUUAUAUGUACUCAGAAGUUAUAGAUUAUCCUCAUUUCAUAUAUUCUUUGUAUAUUAUAUACAUGUACCUUUAUAUGUCGUAGAAGUUAAAGAUUAUCUU